AGAAAUACAGAUAAGUUUAUGUGAUAAAAUUUGUAUUCGGUGUAACAAUUUGGCAUUGAUCGACUGACAUUUUCACAUCGAUUUCUUGAUUUUCGAAUUUGUUUUUAACAACGUUUGUAUGUGUUUGGUUUUUUUUUUUCAAUCGGCAAAUGAGGACGAUAUGAAUCAGUUACAUUCAUUUAUUUCGUAAAUCGUGAUUGUUCAAAGAAAUUUGGAUUAAAUACACAGAAAAAAAAUUGGGUUAGUGAUUGACAUUUGCACGUCGGACGUGUAUAUUGUGAGCACGCGGCAAAUUUGAAAUCAUUUUUCCUGGAAUAAAGGCGAGUCGACAGUAAUAUAAGCACUGUGUGAGGAAGAAAAAAACUCAAUCGACGUUUGUUUAAUCAUAAAUUAAUGUGUAUGUUGCGUUGUGCUGCUACGAUUGUAUAUGAUUUUUCAAACAACUGAUUGAGAGCCCAUUGUUAACAAAACGUUGUGAAGUCAGUAAAAAUAAUAAAACAAAAAAAUGAAUGUGGAUACACAGGAGCUAGAGCGACCCAAAAAUCCCUAUGAAAGUGCAUGGUUUUAUAAACGAUGGACAUUUUGGUGGCUUAAAGAUUUGUUCAAAUUGGGUCUUCAAAAACCAUUAGAUUCACAAGAUAUUUAUAAGAACCUUAUGCAACACAGUUCAUCGAAAAUUUCGGAAAAAUUUAAUAAAAUUUGGGAAGAAGAAAAAUACCAAAAACGACGUCCGCGAAUUUUAAAUGUUAUUCGUAAGGUUUAUAUAAAUAAAAUAAUUGGUCUCAGUUUUAUAUACUCGGCUGUUGAUAUCAUAUCAAGGGCUAUUCAAGCACAAUGCUUAGGAGGUUUGCUGACGUUUUUUUCAGCACAGUCCAAAAAUCAACAAUUUGCUAUAUGGUAUGCAGUUGCUUUGACAUCAUGCGCAUUUGUGUCAACCGCUUUUACAAAUCCGUUUAUUCUUUAUGCAUAUCAAAUGGGUAUGCAAAUUCGUGUUAUUUGUACAUCAUUGAUUUACAGAAAGGUGCUAAAAAUAUCCAAAUCUGUGUCGGUGAACGGUCUCAACGGUCUGGUUAUUAAUUUAAUGUCAUUUGACGCAUAUCGUUUCGACAAUGCCAUGACACUAUUUCAUUAUUUAUGGAAAGGACCGAUUGAAGUGAUAGUUUUUGGCUAUUUUCUCUACCUUGAAAUAGGAUAUUAUGGAUGGAUAGGUGUUGGAUUUAUUCUAUGCUUUGUUCCAAUUCAGAUUAUCAUGGGGAAAAUGACAGCCAAUUACAGGUAUCAUCUGGUAGGUCACACUGACGCUCGUAUUCGUAUCAUGAAUGAAAUUAUUCAGGGCAUCCAAACUAUCAAAAUCCACGUAUGGGAAAAACCUUUUGCCAAAGUUGUCGAUAAAAUUAGAAGAAAAGAGUUAAAAACACUGCGUGGCCUAUUUGUGAUACGUGGCGUUCUUUUAAGUUUUAGUAUUAUAUCACGAAUAUCGAUAUUUUUGAGCUUGGCCACAUUCGUUUAUUGUGGAAAUGUAUUUACAUCGCGGCAAGUAUUUGUGGUGACUUCGUAUUUCAAUUUCCUAUACGAUUCGAUGCUGUAUUUUUGGACAGUGGCUUUGGGAACAAUAUCCGAAUGUUUUGUUUCUAUGCGGCGAAUUGAAGAUUUUCUCCUAUUACCCGAAGACAAAGAACUAUUCAGCAAACAAUCACAAAUGAAAAAAUUCAAAGGAUACACAAAAAUGGAUGAACAAGUGCCCGAUGUUAUCGUUAACGUAAAUGGUCUAACAAAGCAAAAUGAUAAAAUUGUUAAUAUCGAUCAAAACUCCAAAGACGUAUGUGUCAUAUUUAAAAAUGUUACGGCAAUGUGGGCUAAUUCUCAAGCAGGAAUAGAAGAUGUUAGCUUUGAAAUCAAAUCAAAGCAAUUCUGUGCAAUUAUCGGGCCUGUUGGCAGUGGAAAAUCUUCCAUAUUGCAUACUAUAUUAGAAGAGUUGGAAAUUGAUAAAGGCGAACUAACUGUGAACGGAAUCGUUAGCUAUUCAGCACAAGACCCUUGGUUGUUCGAUGCAAGCGUUCGCCAAAAUAUUUUAUUUACAGAAGAAUAUGAUGAGAGUCGAUAUAAGGAAGUGAUUCGAGUUUGUGCACUCGAACGUGAUUUACAGCUAUUGCCCUAUGCAGAUCUUACCAUUGUCGGAGAACGGGGGAUAAGUCUUAGUGGUGGUCAGAAGGCUCGUGUAAGUUUGGCCCGGGCUGUUUAUCGGAAAGCCGAUAUUUAUCUAUUGGAUGAUCCCUUGUCAGCGGUUGAUUCGGUAGUUGGAAAACAAAUUUUUGAUAGUUGUAUCAAAGAUUAUCUGAAAGAUAAACUAUGCGUUUUAGUUACACACCAGGAACAAUACUUAAGGGCUUCAAAUCAUAUCGUUUUUAUGAACAUGGGUAAAGUUGAAUUCCAAGGCCGACAUGAUUCACGAAUUGAGAAUGUUCACUAUCAAUCAUUCCGCCGACUCAGUAUAGGAGAUGACGAUUUGGAAGAUGACAAACUAUCCGAUGAGGAGGAUGAAGCAAUGAAAUCAAACGAGGCUUUUUCUAGACAAUUGGAAAGUCGCAAAGAAAUGCGUCAUAUUGGCUCUGUGGGCUUUAAUGUGUACAAAGCUUACUUUAGUUCUGUUGAUAAUGCAUGUUUGGUGUUUAGCGUAUUAGCUUUAGUUAUAAUUGGUCAAAUUGCUGUUAGUGGUGUAGAUCUUUUUGUAUCAAAAUGGGUUGAAUGGGAUUUAAAAUUGAAAUAUGUACCAAAAUCAGAAGUUUCUGCCAAUAGAUUGCAAUAUGUAUAUAUUUAUACAAUCUUAAUAGUGAUCGUUUUGUAUUUGGUCUUUCAACGCGCACUAACAUUAUUCUACUUUUGUUUGAAAGCAUCGCGACUCAUCCAUCAAAAGCUAUUCAAUGGUGUAACUCGCGCUAGAAUGUAUUUUUUCAAUAAUAAUUCUUCAGGUCGUGUGAUCAAUCGAUUUUCUAAAGACAUUAACGAUAUUGAUUAUUAUUUACCAACCGUUCUGUAUGAUUCAAUAUUGUUUAUUCUUCAAUUGAUUACAUCAUUGAUUUUGGUGUUGUUAGCAAAUUAUUGGUUGAUAAUUCCAACGUUCAUCGUGAGUUGUAUAUUCUUAUAUUUGCGGCACAUUUAUGUUAAAACGGCUAGAUGUCUGAAGCGAAUGGAAUCAAUGGGUCGAAGCCCAAUAUUUUCCCAUACGAAUGCAACGAUAAGUGGUCUGACAACAAUACGAUCGUACAAAUCAUGUGAUAUCAUCAUUAAAGAAUUCAAUUCGCUUCAAGAUAGCAAUACUUCAGUGUGUUAUUUAUUUAAUUCAUCUUCGCGAGCCUUGUCGCUGUGGUUAGAGCUGGUUUGUGUUUUGUAUAUGACAAUUGUGAUUACAAUAUUUUUUGUAUUCCAAAAUGAUAUAAUUGGUGCCCAUGUUGGUUUGGCCAUAACUCAGAUUUUGGGUUUGAUUACAAACAUACAAUGGGGCAUGCGUCAGACAGCUGAACUUGAAAAUAAUAUGACGUCGGUUGAACGUGUGAUGGAAUAUAUAAAUUUAAAAACAGAAACUGAACCAAAAGGGGAUGAACCAAAACCGAUACCAGACCUGAAAAACUGGGCGAAAAAUGGUGAAAUUGAAUUUAAAGAUUUAUCAAUGAAAUACUCUGAAGAAAGCCAUCGAAUACUCAAGUCUUUGAAUUUGAAGAUAGAUUCAGGUGAGAAAAUUGGCAUUUGUGGAAGAACGGGAGCAGGAAAGAGUUCAAUAAUUCAGGCAAUAUUCCGUUUGGCUCACAACGAGGGUGUCAUCAAGAUUGAUAAUGUCGACAUAUCGAGUAUACCAUUGCACGAAUUAAGAAAAAAUAUUUCGAUUAUACCACAAGAAUCUGUCCUAUUUAGUGGCACUAUGCGCGAUAAUCUUGACCCAUUUAAUGAAAAAAGUGAUGAUGAACUUUGGUCCGCACUUGAGGAGGUCGAUUUAAGAGGAGCUGUUAGUGCACUUCCGAAUGGCUUAGAUUGUAAGGUGCAUGAUAAUGCAUCGAAUUUCAGUGUCGGACAACGGUCGUUAGUUUGUUUGGCACGGGCUAUUCUACGCAAGAAUAGAAUAUUGAUUUUAGACGAGGCUACAGCAAAUGUGGAUGGAAACACAGAUAAAUUUCUUCAAAAAACUAUUCGCGAAAAAUUCACUGAUUGUACCGUUUUAACAAUUGCACAUCGUCUGCAUACGGUAAUGGACAGCGACCGUGUGCUUGUUAUGGAUGCUGGCCAAGCCGUUGAAUUCGAUCAUGCACAUCGCCUGCUAGAAAAUUCAAAUGGAUUUUUAACGAAAUUAGUUGAUGAAACUGGAUUCACAACAUCACGUCACUUAAAACAAAUGGCUAAACAAAAUUACGAACGAAAAUCGCGUUAAGUCUUCAUAUAUAGGUAUUCAAAUGCAUACAAAGUUUACUUUAAUAUAAAUGUAAAUGUUAUUCUUAGAUAAGUAGGAAAAUGCAAUAAAAAACAUACUUCAACUGAAUACUGUAUACGUGUAA